AUGUGGGAAGAGCUUCAGCUGGAGUGCUUGGAAUGUGGGAAGAAGUUUCAGCGCAGCUCACAUCUUCUCCUGCACCAGCGGACGCACACGGAUGAGAGGCCCUUCCGCUGCACCGACUGCGGGAAGGGCUUUAAGCACAACUCCACCCUCCUCACCCACCGGCGCAUCCACACCGGGGAACGGCCCUACAAGUGUGGGGAGUGUGGGAAGAGCUUUACCCAUAGCUCCACCCUCCACAACCACCAGCUCAUCCACACUGGGGAACGACCCUAUAAGUGCUUUGAAUGUGGAAAGAUGUUUGCAACCGACUGGAAUCUCCUGCAGCACCAGCGGACGCACACGGAUGAGAGGCCCUUCCGCUGCACCGACUGCGGGAAGGGCUUCAACCAGAACUCCACCCUCGUCACCCACCGGCGCAUCCACAGCGGGGAGAGGCCUUACAAGUGUGGGGAGUGUGGAAAGAGCUUCACCCAGAGGUGUCACUUGACCAAACACCAACGGACCCACCAGUAAGGGAAACCCUACCAGUGCCCCGACUGCAGGAAGAGCUUCGGCCACUGCUUCCACCCCAAUGAACCCCUUGAUGGUGAGGCAACCCCUGGAGUCCAGUGACUGUCAGUCCAUCCCUUUCGACCACAAGGGGCCAGUCCCCUUUCCCAGGGGCAGCUUCUUCCAACAGAACCCUUCUUGGCGGGGUGUGUGGAGAUUCCUGCCUUGGCUGGGGACCCCCCCCAAGGUCACUGCUGGAGGCUGAGAGCAGAGAUCUCCCCACGAGCGUUGGUCUGGGGGAGUUCCAUCCAUCUCUAAUUAAGAAUUAUUACUUUUUUGCCAGCUUGAGUAGAAUUGCUUCAACAAUUGCUUUAGUGUAGAGCACUGUCCUGUCUUAUCCUGUACUCCUGGUAGUUUUAGUGUUUGUCUUGUGCAGUAAAUAAUUCUGAUGAAGA